AACUGACAGGCGGCGGAAGCCGAGCAGCCCCGAGCCGCGACCUUUGCCCCCGUCGCCACUCCUCUUCCGCUACAGGCGUUUCCGGGAGCGCCGCGUGCGUCUGCUGUGGCCAUGGCCGUCUUCUCCGGGCCUGCGCCCCCGGUUCUCUCUCUGAACCCGCAGGAGGACGCCAAGUUUCAGAAAGAGGUGGCGCAGGUGCGCAAACGCGCUACGCAGAAAAAAAAGCAAGAACGGCUUACUCCGGGAGUCAUCUAUGUGGGCCACCUGCCCCCCACGCUCUACGAGUCCCAGAUUCAGGAGUAUUUCUCCCAGUUUGGCACUGUUACGAAGUUCCGACUGUGCAGAAGCAAAAGGACUGGAAACAGCAAAGGCUAUGCCUUCGUGGAAUUUGAGUCCGAGGACGUCGCCAAGAUCGUGGCCGAGACGAUGAACAACUACCUGUUUGGGGAAAGGCUGUUGGUGUGUCAGUUUAUGCCACCUGAAAAAGUGCAUCCGGAGCUCUUUACAAACUGGAAUGUUCCAUUUCGUCAGCCGUCAUUUCCAGCAGUGAAGCGGUACAACCAGAAUCGGACACUCCUCCAGAAGCUGCGCAUGGAGGAGCGGUUCAAGAAGAAAGAAAGGCUCCUUAGGAAGAAAAUAGCCAAGAGAGGAAUUCAUUAUGACUUCCCUUCCUUGAUUUUACAGAAAGGGGAAAAUGCGGCAAGCGCUGAUCUGCAGAAGUCGUCAGAGAGCCAGGCUUUGCCUAAGAAGAAAAAGAAGAAAACCACCAUGGCUAAAAAGAAACAAGGAGAGCCUUGCGCUGCCACUGCCGCGGAGAAGCCACCGGACAGCCAGGGGCCCACACCAGUUUGUACACCAACGUUUUUGGAGAGACGAAAAUCUGAGGCAGCUGCCAUGGAAGAUGAUAAGGACAAUGAAAUAGUUUUCAGACAGCCUGUACUGGAUGUAAAAGAAAUGCAAGAGACUCGAACCCCCGCACAUUCAGGGAAGAAGAGGCGAAGAAAACGCAGUCCGUGACUGAGUGUGUUGUGUCCAAUACAG